AUGUUCGUCCGCGCUCGAGCGCGGUCGGACCGACCGCGGUCGUUCGCGCGGUACGACACGCACGACGACGCUCGACGCGCGCUCGACGUCGCGUUCGCGCCCGGGCGCAAUAAUGGCGUCGCGAAUGUGCUUCCGACGCGUCCGCAACCGUACGAACGAUUGAGAGCGACGCGAUGGCGCGUGCGAGCGGUGAUGCGUCACGCGUGGGCGUCGCGGGACCUCGCGAGCGCGGCGUUGGCGACGGCGACGCUGUUGAGGAUGACGCGCGGACGAAGACAGAGACGGGACGAGUACGCGAGCGCGCGUGCGGAGGAGAUCGGAAUGGAGCGAGAGGCGCUGUAUGGGGCUCUGGAGGCGCUGGAGAGCGAUGAUGGGGAACGUGGGCGCGGGCGGUUCGGGGGGGUGAACAUGGACGCGGUGAGAAUAAGGGAUAGGAUCAGGACGAGGAGCGCGGUGGGGAGCGCGACGAGCGAGGUGGACGCGAUGGAGCGAGCGACGCGGACAGCUCUGGAGGAGAAUGAUUUCGAUUCGGCUAUAUCGAUCUGCGAAAAACGGAGGAGAAAGACACCGACCAGCGCGAUCGGGAUCGAAACGGGCUCGAAAGCGUUCGUGGCGCCAGGGAUGUCGAUGAAGAAAAUGUCAGCGCUUUUGAAACACAUGCAAUGGGUCCAACGCAUGCGGACGCUCGGGUUCGCGAAUCUGGCCGAUGACGGCUAUAGGGUCCUUCCACUCAUCUGGAAACCGAAUAAGCGGAAUAAAUACACGUCGACGGCGAUCUCAGGUGACGCCGAGGCGCUCAAGUACGCCAAGGAGGCGAAACUAGCGUUGCUCGAUGCGAUACGCGUCGACGAGGCGGACGCCACGCUCGCGGUCGCCCUGGCGCAACUUGAGGCUUUCGAGGGAAAUUUCCUGCAAACCAGAGACAGGUUAAUGAAGUGUCUCAUGAAAAAUCCCGACGAUGCGGAUAUCAACGCCGCAUACGCGGAGCUUCUCAUCAACGCUGCACAUACUGGAUACCCGAAGGAAUCCAAGUUGAGUUCUGACACGUUUCGUGUUGAAGUUUUCAACGCGUGCAAGUCCGUAUUGAGGCUUGACCCGACUGCGCCAGCAAUGUUAACGAUGAUUUGGAAACUUCUCGAUCGAGAUCGAGGAGAUUUUGAGGAAGAGGCGAGGUUUGUCUUGGAGUCUGUAGUCACAGCCAUUGAAGUGGACCCGGCGAAUCGACGCGUCUGGCUCAUGUUGGUGACCAUGUUGACCGGUCUGGAAACGAUCGAUUACGCAGGAGACGAAGACAUUGUUAGUAAAGCCAAUAUAUUUCGGCAGCCGCUCACGGCGAGCUCCGUUCAACGCGUUUUCGACGACGAGAGGAAGCAAUGGUGGCCAGAGGUCUUCUUCCAGCACUCAAAGUUGCAUCGCCCGGGCCGUCGAGGUGGCAACGACCCGACCGACGAAGACAUCGCUUGGUAUCGCAUCUAUAAAGUCGUCAUGCGCAUACUCUUUGAGGAACGUGCGAGCGCUCGAUACACGCAGGUGCGCCACCAGCUAGUUCUGUACAAAAUUCGAUUCGGCAACGUGUACAAAAUGAACGAGGAGCACGAAGCGAUUCUCAAGAAGACGCUGGUCGAACGAGCUCGCCUGUACAAUCCCAAUCCUGUAUUAAAGCGUUCAUCUAAAAAGAGCAUGGCUCUGGCGAAAAAGCGGCAGCAGGAGCAGCACCGUGUCGUCGCCGAGACUACGAUUAGUGAUUCCACUAUGAAGAGAAUGAGAAGAGCUUUCACGCGCAAGCGUGAGCCUUUGAGCGAGAAGCACGUGGAUUCUUCCAAUAAAAAGUUACGCAGAAGUGCACGAAUUCGUUCACCGUAG